AUGCGGGAGCAGGGCUCUCACUCCCAAUCUGCCAUGUCCUCGUCGGGAAAAUCCACCGCUGCCUCCUCCUGCCUCUCCUCCCAGUGCUUCGACCUCCUAAUCAGGUCCUGCGUCAAGUGCUCCGACUUGUUCAAGGACAACACAACAGAGCCCGCCCGUGCGGCACCCACCUCUGCCCUGGCACCCACCCUCCCCUCGGUGGACCUGCCCAGCACCCUCCUGAUCUUCGGCGUCCCAGCAGUGGUGGGGGUCAUCCUGGCUCUGGCCACCCUCUGUGGCUUCCUGGCCUGCAAGGUGGGCAAGCAGAGGAGGAAGAGGAAAGCAGCAGAUGAGGAGGCCAAAGCAAACGUGGACACUGCCGGACCCCCGUCUGUCCUGGGCUGCCAGGACCCUGCCAUGCUGGAGGGAGAUGCCACCUUGGCCCCAGCCCCAUGCCUCAAUCUCAAUGAAGGCCUGAAGAUGCCAGGGCCGCCCAGGAAAGCUGGGGCAAAGCAGAGACCAUGCUGCCAGGGCGAUGCUGAUGGCGACAUCAUCCUGCUCUCCGCCGUGUACCCCCGACAUGAGGAGUGCAACCAUGGCUUCCCUCUGCCCGCCACCGAGCUGGGGGCCACAGCCCUGGUCACCACCAAAACCACCCAGAACUGCACUGGUGAGGAGAGAGCCUGA